AUGUCUCUUCUAAAAAGGCUUGAAGUCCCAGAGGAUUCUCCCCUUAGGAACGCCGACGCCAUUCCUCUUCCGUUCCCUCCAACUCCAAGUCAAUCCGCCGACGAAUCUGAGUCCGAGGAGGAGACUUUGGUGAGGAAACCAAAGGAGACUGCUGGGAUCAAGUCCUCUUCUUUGAAUGAGCAGGUCUUGGACUUGACUCAAGAUGAUGAGGGUGAUGAAGUGCCCAUGGAAGCUACCCCUGAGCAGCUCGAAACCCUCACUCUCACUCUCACUCUCACUCCUACCUCCACUCUCCCUCUCAUUUUAAGUCGCAAUAUGGAAUCACCAUCACGUCCACUAUCACUCUACUUCCUGCCCUUCCUAUCACCAGGCCACAUGAUCCCACUAUUCGAAAUGUCCCGCCUGUUCUCCGCCCGCGGCCACCGCGUGACCAUCAUCACCACCCCUGCCAACGCCCAAUUACUCCACACCACCAUCUCCAAAGACUCCUCCUCCGGCCACCCCAUCUCCGCCCACACCUUCCCUUUCCCUUCCAAACAAGUCGGCCUCCCCGACGGCAUCGAAAACUUGUUCAACGUCUACGACAUCGACACCGCCACCAAAAUCCACACCGGCAUGCACCUCCUCCGAGAAAAAAUUGAACAAUUCAUCACCGCCAACCCCCCCGAUUGCAUCUUCUCCGACAUGUUCCACCCUUGGACCGCCGACCUCGCUAUCAAACUCCGAAUCCCCAGGAUCGUAUUCCACGCCACCUGUAUCUUCGCUAUGUCCCUCAAGGACUCCAUGAGAAAACCUGACUCUCCUCACCUCUCUGUUCAGUCUGAUGACGAACCCUUUUUGAUUCCGGGUCUACCUCAUCCGAUCACCAUGACGAAAUCUGAGCUUCCUGACUACGUUCGGACCCCAAACGGGUAUGCCCAGUUGAUGGAACAGUUCAGAGAAGCCGAGCUGAAAAGCUAUGGAGUUUUGGUUAACAAUUUCUACGAAUUGGAGUCUGAUUACUGCGAACACUACAAAAAAACCAUGGGUCACAAGGUCUUUCACGUUGGUCCGGCGGCUCUCAUUCAUCGAAACGCCGCCGAACAGGCCGAUCGAGUCCACAAGGCGGUGGUCGGAGAGCACGAGUGCCUGAGUUUUUUAAACUCGAAGAAACCCAAUUCAGUCCUCUAUGUCUGCUUCGGAAGCGCGUGCAUUUUCCCCAAUGAUCAGCUCAUGGAAUUAGCUUCCGGAAUCGAAGCCUCGGGGCAUCAGUUCAUCUGGGUAGUGUUUGGGAAGGAGGAAAAUGAAGAAGAGGAAGAGAAAAACAAGUGGUUACCAAAAGGGUUUGAAGAGAGGACCAAAGGUAAAGGUAUGAUCAUCAGAGGUUGGGCACCGCAGGUGCUGAUCUUGGAUCACCCAUCAGUUGGUGGAUUUUUGACUCACUGUGGCUGGAAUUCAGUGAUUGAAGGUAUAAGUGCAGGGUUACCAUUGAUCACAUGGCCUCUGUAUGCUGAGCAUUUUUACAAUGAGAAAUUGGUGACUCAGGCGUUGGGGGUUGGGGUGGAAGUGGGGAAGAAGGAUUGGAACUUGUGGAUUGAUGCUGGAAAGAAUGUGGUGAGGAGAGAGAACAUAGAGGCCGCCGUAAGGAGGGUGAUGGACAGCGGUGAUCCGGCGGCGGAGAUGAUGAGGGAGAAGGCUAAAAUGCUGGGAGAGAUGGCACACAAAGCUGUCAAAGAAGGUGGGUCCUCUCAUAGAAAUUUGACGGUGUUGAUUGAAGAGCUUGAGCAACUAAGAGAUCAAAAGGUUAAGGGUAAUUGAGGGGUUAUUAUUACCUUUUGUUUCCGAUGAUUGGGAUGAUUGUCUGUGUCUCUGUUCUUCACUACUUAUUACAUUUUGUCGAAAUAAAAAAAUCUGAGUGGCAUUUAUCUAUCUAUCUAUAUUUAUGUUUCA